GCGUAGAGACGAGUGUUUCGGAUAAAGAUAUGCAGACAGACCUAGGCUCUGAUUUUGAAGAAACUGCGCUUCCUGCAGAAAUAUAGACUAUUAGUUUCAUUCUGUAAAUAGAGUCGAGCCUGGACGCGUUCAGGGCAGCGCUGGGAACGACAGAGCUUCAGAGAAGUGCUGUGAAGAGAAAAGGUUUUUUUUCUUUUUUCUUUUUUUUAUUUUUUUUUUACAAUUCAUUCAGUGACUGCCUCGCCCGGAUUGCAUCCGGCACCGAACACUGUCUACCUACAAUAGAAUGACGAUGUCUAGUAAACCGACUUUAGCAUUGUUCAUCUAUGGAAUUAUAAUGCAUAGCGCCUAUUGUUCCCCGGUCGGGCUCGACUACCCCAGACUUAGCAUGCGUUUUAACGUUGGUGUAUUAAAACUUGAAAACGAGGUUUUCGACGAGGAUGGAGAUACUUUUGCGGACUUGGAUUUUGACGGAGAUCAAAUUGCCAUACGAAGCCCCCCUUCACUGUUUGACAACGUGUACACAUUAUACUACCCACCAGAAAAGAGAUCUGAGAGACACGCAGAUGGAAUCUUUAAUGAAGCCCACGGGGACGAGCUUGGCCAGUUUCUGCACUCUAUGGUGGCAGAGCGCGCAGGCGGAGGCGGUGUCAAGGAAGGCGACAACGAACCGAUAUCCAAAAGGCAUUCUGACGGAAUCUUCACGGACAGCUACAGCCGUUACCGAAAGCAAAUGGCCGUGAAAAAAUAUUUAGCGGCGGUACUGGGAAGAAGGUACAGACAGAGAAUUAAAAACAAAGGUCGUCGCUUUUCCUUUUUGUAGCGUUAACAAUCCAAACAGCCUGUCAGGCCCUAUAAGAUCAAACCAUUCUGAGCAGUGGAUUGCGCCCGUGUUCUUUAAACAUGUAUUUAUGUAUGAAGUAAAGCCAUUAAAAUGAAUAUUUUAAUAAUAUUAUUGUUUUUCUUUUGUACAAAAAAAAGCACUUGAGACCGCACACAUAUACUUUGUGGACCAAUCUUGUAGGUAAUUAAAUCUAUGGCUAUGUAUGUAACAUAAAAAAGGAGAGAAAAAAAACCCCCUACAGCUUUAACGUUAUUCGACUAUCAUUUUACAUUCUUACACGUAUACCGGACACGAAUAGAUUGAAAAGACAAUCAAAACAUUUGAUACUUCGAGUUACCCCUUCAGAGAAUUCUAUACGGAACCGUUCAUUCAGUCCACUGCCGUAAUGCGCAGUGCGUGAUUUAGGCGCUGCUUUGGGAAGUUGUAAAAGGCUUUCGCUCGGACUUCUAGCGAGUUCUACACCCCUCUAUUCUUUCUGUACUUGCCUCAUCCUCCACCAUGGGCCCUCAGUUGCAGACAUAACCGCCAGGCUUCAGUUUCGUUCUCAACACGAAUAACAAUAUACUUAACUGUGUACUCUAUUAGGUAUACGACUGUACGCGCCAUUUCCCAGAGGCAAGAGGAAACCUCUUAACCGAUUUUUCGGAUCCACCCGCGUGUAGCCUUCCGAGCUGCGCCUCUCACUGGAAAGGUGGAUAUCCUCGACUAAUCAUGCGCAAUUAGUCUCCCAGUGCAACCCCGGUGACAGACGCAGCUGUUAGGAAAACUUAGAAACGCAUGAAUGUCUCUCUCUCUCUCUCUCUCUCUCUCUCUCUCUCUCUCUCUCUCUCUCUCUCUCUCUCUCUCUCUCUCUCUCUCUCUCUCUCUCU